UUCAGGUUUGUUUUGUGUAGGACCUCGACCAUUUUGACAUGCCAUGGAGGUCGGAGCACUGUAGCGUUAAUGGCAGUGGUAGCGCCCAUACUUUGUACGGUGCAGCUAACAUUGCAUGCCAGGCGCGAUGAUGAAGCGGUCCGUAGCUGACAAGUCAAAAGAUUAGGGUCGGCCGGUCGCGGUCUGAACUCAGACGUGUAGUGCUGUCAACUCUAAACAAUUUCAGUGCAGAGAGUCAAGAUGUCCCACGAUGACUUGAAUGCCCACGGUGGGUCGCAUGGCCACUUCGACAGCAGUGAUCACCCACAUGACAAACGGCGGCUGAGUCUUCAUCCCCGAAUGCGAAUGCAGAGGAAGAGCUUGGUUGGGGCUGUACAGGCAGAAACGCUCAAGGAAAGACAGGCUCGAGCCAAAGAUACCCGUGAGAUGCGUCGUGCCCGCAUCACCCCUCUCCACAAGCACAUCAUGGAGAUCAUCCAGAUGCAUACUAGUCUAGACAUACCAGCCAUUGAAGAACAUGUGCUGGACUCCUCUGAGCAAUUGGACCUGUUUGACCGAUUCUUUGAGAAAGAUGGCUCCAGAUCGCUGAUGUUUUUCUUGCAAGAUGGCGACGCCCCUAGCCAUGAUUCUGGCCGCAUCGUGACGCUGCCUAAAGGCGGUAAGAUGCAGCGGUUGUUUGUUACCAGUGGCCUGGAGGAAGGUCUGACUGGCCAGUGUAUCUUCUUCUUACGGAGCAAGACGGAUCAGGCCCUCACCCAGCGUAACCUCCAUGAGGAGAUGAACUAUGGAUUCUUUGACGCGUCUGGAUCUGGUAGGCUGAGCGUCCUGCCUGGCAUCCAGCAGGUACUCAGCAAGGUCUUCAAGCCCGCUGUCCACGCCCUGGCAAACUGGGGAGCUCUCGGGGAGACACCGCACGGCAAGAAGACGCAGAAGAAGUUCCUGGAUUCCUUCGAUGGCUUCAUGCAGUAUGUCGGAAGUGCACAGACCAAUGUUUCAGGUGCCAUCCAGCUCCGCGACUGUGAAACCGUUGACAUUGACAGCCUGCACACUGCAGCAGACUGCAUCCUGGCAGCAGCCAACCCCGAGAUCGUGGACGCCUUUGAUGAGCUGGUCACCUUCUGGUGUAAGGACAUCGAACAGGUCUUGGCCGAGAGUGAACAAAUGAGGAAGGAAGCAGACGACACCGGACCGCUGGCCGAACUGGAGCAUUGGAGGCUGCUGACCGCCAGGUUCAACUCCAUCGUGGAUCAGAUUAAGAGCCAUAAAUGCAAGAUGGUCAUCUAUGUGCUCAACUUUGCCAAGAGUAAGGUCCUCAAGAUAUGGAAGGAGCUGGAUUCUCGCAUCACGGAUGCAGCCAACGAGGCCAGGGAUAAUGUCAAGUACCUCUACACUCUAGAGAAGUUCUGCGAACCACUCUAUCACUCUGACCCAGUUGGUAUGGUUGAUUGCAUCCCUAGUUUGAUCAAUGCCAUCCGCAUGAUCCACAGUAUCUCCAGAUACUACAACACCUCAGAGAGAAUGACAUCUUUAUUCAUUAAGGUGACCAACCAAAUGGUGACGGCCUGCAAGAAUUACAUAACCAACGAAGGCAUGAGCCGCAUCUGGGAUCAGCCCUACGAGGACCUCCUCCACAAGCUCCACGCCGCCACCAGACUGUACAAGGAGUACCAGAGAGGCUUCCAGAAGACCAAGAAGAAGAUUGAGGAGAUCGAGGGCGCCAGACCGUUCGACUUCUCCGAGAUGUACAUCUUUGGCAAGUUUGAUGCCUUCUGCAAGAGGAUUGACAAGAUCAUUGAGAUGCUGGGCACCAUUGAUACCUACUCCGUCCUGACCUCGUCCCGCAUUGAAGGCAUCGAGCCCAUGGCCAACAAGUUCCUGAAUAUCUACUCGGGAAUCAAGAAGAAGCCGUACGACGUGCUGGACCAUCGCAAGGUGGACUUUGACAACGACUUUGAAGACUUCAAGAUGAAUAUGUUUGACUUGCAGUACGCUCUCCAAGAGUUUAUAGACAGCAGCUUUGAGAGGAUUACCUCUACGACUCAAGCCUUGGUCCUUCUGAAGAGAUUUGCAAGUCUGAAGAUCCCUCAGCUGAACAUUGAAGAGAAGCACUCUGUCAUACUGCAGCACUAUGGCACUGAGCUUGAAGGCAUCAAAAAGUUGUACAUGCAGCACAAGGAUGACCCACCCAUCCCCAGGGAUAUGCCACCUGUGGCCGGCAAGAUCUCGUGGGCUAGACAGCUCUUCCGACGCAUCCAAGAACCCAUGGAAUCGUUCAAGGAUGCCGGCAGCGUGUUAAAGAGUCCAGAGGCACGGAAGGUGAUCCGUAACUACAACCGCACGGCAGCCGUGCUCAUCGAGUUUGAGAUCUUGUAUCACCGAGCCUGGAUGAAGCAGGUGGACACAGUCAAGUCAGGUCUGCAAGCAACCCUGCUGAUCCGCCACCCCGAGACCAAGGAACUCCUGGUGAACUUUGACCCCAUGCUGUACCAGGUGAUCCGCGAAUCGGAGUGCAUGCGCAAGCACGACCUGGAGAUACCCGAGGCAGCUCACAUCAUAUGCCUGCGACAGGAACAACUCAAAGACGAUUAUAAUACACUCAAGCUGUUGCUAGACGAGAACGCCGCCGUCCGAGCUCAGAUCCCGGCCAUCUUCCAGCCGCUGAUGACAGCCCACACCAGGAAGGUGGACCUGGCCAUCAUGCCUGGCCUGACCAUGCUCUGCUGGACCUCCCUCAACCUGCAGAACUACUUCGCCAGCAUCCGCUUCUCCUUAAGAGAUCUCAGCCUGAUCAUCAAGGAGGUGAAUGACAUUCGUGAGGCCAGGAUAGAUUCCCUGCUUGAUGAGAUCGGAAAUACCCUGCUUUGUGAUCUGCCCAACGACAAGCCAUGGAACGUAGAAGAAUUCACCUCCAGAACACAGAAACACUGCGAAGAGAAGACGAAAAUUCUGGACAAGCUGAGCACCAAGAUUGAAGACGCUGCCACCAACCUGGUCGAUCUGUUUGUGGAGAAAGCGCACCGAGUGACCGGGUACCAGCGACCCGGGGAGACAACUCACAAGCAGGAGCAGGCCCCAGAAGAGGAGAAGACUGAGGGGCAGAAGGCUGAGGAGGACGACCACCAGCGGGAGUCAGAGUUCAGUCUGGCCAGCAAUGAGAGCCUGGAGGAGGAGGCUCAGCUGCAGGAGGAAUGCCAGGAGCUCAUCAUGCACUUCGGCCAGCGAUUGCUGGAGGCCUUGCUCAAGGCCACUCGCCAGUCCCUGGAUAACAUCAAGAGGAGGGUCUUCUUCUCCACACCCAUAGGAGGCAGUGGACUCAGCUUUGGUAUCAGACAUACAGCAAAGAGGUCACCAUUCUUCCAAGUCAGUGUAGCACUGGAGAUUCCCAACGUGGUGAUCAAACCCAGCCUCGACGACAUACAGCAGGCUCUGAACAAAGCCACCGUCUGCGUCUUGGAGGUCAGCCGAGGUGUAGCCCAGUGGGGCCAGAAGCGUUUCCUGGUCAGAGAGUCCCCGAUGUCCAGUCACUUCCAGCCCUCUCACAUCGACGUGUGUAAAGGCAAAGUGACAGCAUCAGUGGUCAAGAUGGAGCCCAUCCCGCCCCAACAACUCAAGAACUACUACAAGAGCAUCGCCGAGCACAAAGACAUCCUGAAGCUGCAGAUGAUGCUGAGCAAUGCCAUCAGCCACACCAGGCCCAAGAUACACGACGCCCUCAAGAUGUUCAGCCACUUCCAGUACCUGUGGGAGGAAGACAGGAGUGAAGUGGUCAAGGCCUUCAUCGAGACGCAGCCCAUCCUGUCUGAGUGGAAGGCAGAGAUACUUCGCUAUCAGAGCCUGGAGAGAAUGAUUGAGGAGCUGGAAUCAUCGGUGCAGGUGGAUGCUAUUCAGCUCUUCACAGAUCCCAUCAAGCUGGCACUGACCAUCGAAGCUCAGGCCUGGAAGAUGCUCCUGGGCAAGAGCCUGAACCAGGAGUACCGCAAGAAGAUGGACGACAUCUCGGACUUUGUGACCGAGUACUCCAAGCGGCUGGCCCGGCCCAUCAAAGACCUGGAUGACGUCAGGAAUGCCAUGGCUGCCCUGGAGGACCUGAGACAGAACGAGAUACGCAUCGAUAUGACCCUGGGCCCCAUAGAGGAAGCCUACAACAUGCUUCAAAAGUUCCAGGUGACCGUUGCCAAAGAGGAGGCCGACCGCGUGGACACGCUGAGAUACUCCUACCAAAAACUCACGCUGCAAGCGAGCAAAACCCAGACUACAUUGGUCAAGAUCCAGCCCGAGUUCAAAGCUGACCUUUUGGAAUCUGUAGAGGUCUUUGCCACCACCACCGAUGCCUUCUUUGAUGAUUACGACACGGGUGGCCCCAUGGUGGAGGGCAUUUCACCACAAGAAGCCAGUGACAGGCUGCAAGUGUAUCAGACCCGCUUUGACGAGCUGUGGCGCAAGUUCACCACCUACUCGGCCGGUGAGCAGCUCUUUGGCCUGACGGUGACUGAAUACCCGAUGCUGUCCAAGACCAGGAAGGAACUGAACCUGCUACAGAAGCUGUAUGGGCUGUACAAUGCCGUCAUCGACGGCAUCAAUGGCUACUACGACAUACUAUGGACCGAGGUGGACAUCGAGAAGAUCAACAAUGAACUGCUGGACUUCCAAAACAGGUGUCGGAAGCUGCCCAAGGGGCUGAAAGAGUGGCAGGCCUUCCUGGACCUGAAGCAGAAGAUUGACGACUUCAACGAGACCUGCCCACUGCUGGAGCUGAUGGCCAACAAGGCCAUGAAGCAGCGGCACUGGGACCGCAUCGCCAGCGUCACUGGCCACCAGUUUGACAUUGAGUCAGACACCUUCUGCCUGCGCAAUAUCAUGGAGGCCCCUCUCCUGCCCCACAAAGAGGAUAUCGAGGAUAUCUGCAUCUCGGCUGUCAAGGAGAAGGACAUCGAGGCCAAGCUGGCCCAGGUGGUGGCCGAGUGGACCUCCCAGACGCUGUUCUUCGCCAACUUCAAGAAUCGCGGGGAGUUGUUACUGAAGGGUGGAGAGACCAUGGAGACGGUGGCCCUGAUGGAAGACAGUCUCAUGGUCCUGGGCUCCCUGCUCAGUAAUAGGUACAAUGCACCGUUCAAGAAGGACAUUCAGCUGUGGGUGCAGAAGCUGUCCAACUCCUCUGACAUCAUAGAGAACUGGCUGACGGUGCAGAACUUGUGGGUUUACCUGGAGGCGGUGUUUGUUGGGGGCGAUAUCGCCAAGCAGCUGCCACAGGAAGCCAAGAGGUUUGGCAACAUUGACAAGUCGUGGGUGAAGAUCAUGCAGCGUGCCCACGAGGUGGAUAACGUGGUCCAGUGCUGCGUCGGGGACGAGACCCUGGGACAGCUGCUGCCGCACCUGUUGGAACAACUGGAAAUCUGCCAGAAGUCCCUCACCGGGUACUUGGAGAAGAAGCGACUCGUCUUUCCCCGCUUCUUCUUUGUGUCUGACCCCGCACUGCUGGAGAUUCUGGGUCAGGCCAGCGACUCGCACACAAUCCAGGCUCAUCUGCUUGGCGUGUUUGAGAACGUGAAUGAGGUUGAGUUCCAUGAGAAGGAUUACGAUCGCAUCGUCUCCUGCAUUUCCAAGGAAGGAGAGGUGGUUCCAUUGGAUCAGCCAGUCAUUGCGAAGGGCAAUGUGGAGAUGUGGUUAGGAGAGCUACUCAUCAUGCAGCAGAAGUCCCUACACUCUGUCAUCAGAGAGGCCCACAGGGUCAUCAACGACUCCUCCUUUGAGCUGCUAGGAUUCCUCAAUAACUACAUCGCUCAGGUCGGUCUGCUGGGCAUCCAGAUGCUAUGGACCCGGGACGCCGAGGACGCCCUGACCGUGGCCAGGUCGGACAAGAAGAUCAUGCAAGUCACCAACGUCAAGUUCCUGGACCUGCUGAACACGCUGAUUGAGCAGACCACGCACGACCUGACCAAGAUGGAACGAGUCAAGUACGAGACGCUGGUUACCAUUCACGUGCAUCAGAGGGAUAUCUUCAAUGAUUUGACCAUCCAGCACAUCCGGUCCCCCACCGACUUUGAGUGGCUGAAGCAGGCCAGGUUCUACUUCAAGGAGGACACCGACCAGUGCAUCGUUUCCAUCACUGAUGUGGACUUCAUCUAUCAGAACGAGUUCCUGGGCUGCACCGACAGACUGGUUAUCACACCACUCACUGACAGGUGCUACAUCACCUUGGCCCAGGCUCUGGGCAUGAGUAUGGGAGGGGCUCCGGCAGGCCCUGCAGGCACAGGCAAGACGGAGACCACCAAGGACAUGGGCAAAGCCCUGGGCAAGUAUGUGGUGGUCUUCAACUGCUCGGACCAGAUGGACUACAGGGGGCUGGGACGGAUCUACAAAGGCCUUGCGCAGUCUGGCAGCUGGGGCUGCUUUGAUGAGUUCAACCGUAUCGAGCUGCCCGUCCUGUCCGUGGCCGCCCAGCAGAUUGCCAUCGUCCUGAUUGCCAAGAAGGAGAGGAAGAGCGAGUUUAUCUUCUCAGACGGUGACGUGGUGUCUCUCAAUCCAGAGUUUGGUCUCUUCCUGACCAUGAACCCCGGCUAUGCUGGGCGGCAGGAGUUGCCGGAGAAUCUCAAGAUCCAGUUCCGCAGCGUGGCCAUGAUGGUCCCCGACCGUCAGAUCAUCAUGAGGGUCAAGCUAGCCAGCUGCGGCUUCCAGGAAAACGUACUCCUUGCCCAGAAAUUCUACACCCUCUACAAGCUGUGCGAGGAACAGCUCACCAAACAGGUGCACUACGACUUUGGUCUGAGGAACAUCCUGUCAGUGCUUCGCACUCUGGGAGCCAACAAGAGAGCUCGGCCUGAAGACAGCGAGUCCACCAUCGUCAUGAGAGUCCUCCGGGACAUGAACCUGUCCAAACUGGUUGAUGAGGAUGAGCCUCUGUUCCUGAGCUUGAUCAGCGAUCUUUUCCCAGGCAUUCAGUUGGACAAUGCGACCUAUGAGGAGUUACAGGUUGCCGUGGCCAAUCAAGUGGAUGCCAUGGGAGUCAUUAACCAUCCCGCUUGGAACCUUAAAGUUGUACAGCUGUUCGAGACCCAGCGCGUGCGUCAUGGCAUGAUGACCCUGGGCCCCAGCGGCGCCGGCAAGAGCGUCUGCAUCCACGUCCUGAUGAAGGCCAUGGGGGACUGCGGGAACCCGCACAAGGAGAUGCGCAUGAACCCCAAGGCCAUCACGGCACCGCAGAUGUUUGGCCGGCUGGACGUGGCCACCAACGACUGGACAGAUGGGAUCUUCUCCACCCUGUGGAGGAAGACGCUCAAAGCAAAGAAAGGCGAGCACAUCUGGAUUGUGUUAGAUGGCCCAGUGGACGCCAUCUGGAUCGAGAACCUCAACAGCGUCCUGGACGACAACAAGACCCUGACCCUGGCCAACGGCGACCGCAUCCCCAUGUCCCCCAACUGCAAGAUCGUCUUUGAGGUCCACAACAUUGACAAUGCCUCUCCAGCUACCGUGUCCAGGAACGGCAUGGUGUACAUGAGCAGCUCAGCGCUGGAUUGGAAACCCAUUCUAGAGGGCUGGCUUCGAGGGCAACCACCCGGCGAAGCAGCUGUACUCAGGGACCUGUAUGACAAGAUCUUUGAUGACCUGUACCGUUACGUCUCUCUCAACCUCCAUGCCAAGAUGGAUAUACUAGAGUGCAACUACAUUAGACAGUCAGUCGACCUGCUGGACGGCCUGAUACCAGUCAAGGACGAGCACGAUCACAGCGUCUUGCCUGCCUCUUACUUGGAGAAGCUCUUCAUCUUUGCUCUCAUGUGGAGUCUGGGAGCCUUGCUGGAGUUGGACGACAGGGCCAAGAUGGAGGAAUUCAUGCUGGCUCAUGGGAGUAAACUCAAGUACCCUCUCAUCGAGGAAGGCAGCAGCCACACGAUCUUUGAGUUUGUCGUCAGUGCUCAGGGUGAAUGGGAGCAUUGGUCCAACAGGGUCCAGGAGUACCUGUACCCCAGUGACUCGGUGCCCGUCUACACCUCCAUCCUGGUCCCCAAUGUGGACAACGUCAGAUCCAACUUCCUGAUUGAUACCGUCUGCAAACAGCACAAGGCUGUUUUGUUGAUCGGUGAGCAGGGCACGGCCAAGACCGUGAUGAUCAAGGGCUACAUGUCCAAGUACAACCCCGACGUACACAUGAGCAAGAGUUUCAACUUCUCGUCGGCCACCACCCCUAUGAUGUUCCAGCGGACCAUUGAGAGUUAUGUAGACAAGCGCAUGGGCAGCACCUUCGGGCCCCCAGCCGGCCGCAAGAUGACCGUCUUCGUGGACGACGUCAACAUGCCCAUCAUCAACGAGUGGGGGGACCAGGUGACCAAUGAGAUUGUGCGGCAGAUGAUGGAGAUGAAGGGCAUGUACAGCCUGGAGAAGCCCGGCGACUUCACCAACAUCGUGGACGUGCAGUUCAUUGCCGCCAUGAUCCAGCCGGGAGGCGGCCGCAACGACAUCCCCGAGAGGCUCAAGAGGCAGUUCUGCAUCUUCAACUGCACCCUGCCCUCCAACAUGUCCAUCGACAAGAUCUUUGGCAUCAUUGGUUGUGGCUAUUUCUGCUCCACCCGUUUCAAUGAGGAGGUUGUGGAGAUUGCCAAGGAGCUGGUGCCGGUCACUCGUAAAGUCUGGCAAGCCACUAAGGUGAAAAUGCUGCCCACCCCAGCCAAGUUCCACUACAUCUUCAACCUGCGGGACUUGUCUCGCAUCUGGGAGGGCAUGCUGCACAUCAUGGGCGAUGAGUGUCAAGAUGCUACAACCCUGCUGGCUCUGUGGCAUCACGAAUGCACCAGAGUGAUUGCUGACAGAUUUACUAAUGCUGAAGACAAGCAGUGGUUUGAGACGGCCAUCAGACGCAUCGCCAAGGAUGAAAUGGGCGAGGAGCUGGCCAAAGUCAUCCCGGAGGAGCCGUACUUCGUCGACUUCCUGCGAGACCCUCCUGAACCCACCGGAGACGAACCUGAUGAUGCUGUACUGGAAGCGCCCAAGAUAUACGAACUGGUUCCCAGCCUAGAGUUUCUGGCGGACAAGCUUCAGCAGUACAUGGCGCAGUACAAUGACACGGUGCGGGGGGCUCACAUGGACCUGGUCUUCUUCAAGGAUGCCAUGACGCACCUCAUCAAGAUAUCCCGUGUGAUUCGUACCCCAGUGGGCAACUUAUUGCUGGUUGGUGUGGGUGGUUCUGGCAAGCAGAGCCUCACCAGACUGGCCUCGUUCAUUGCCGGGUACAAAAUCUUCCAGAUUACACUCACCAGGUCUUACAAUGCCGGUAACCUGAUGGACGAUUUGAAGUACCUGUAUCGCGUGGCAGGCAGCCAAGGCCAGGGGAUCACGUUCAUCUUCACCGACAACGAGAUCAAAGAUGAAGCUUUCUUGGAGUAUCUCAAUAAUGUACUGUCGUCGGGAGAGGUGUCUAAUCUCUUUGCUCGCGACGAGCUAGACGAGAUCACCCAAGAGUUGAUAUCGGUCAUGAAGAAGGAGUUUCCCCGCAGACCCCCAACCAACGACAAUCUCUACGAGUACUUCAUCUCCAGAGCUCGCAACAAUCUCCAUGUUGUCCUCUGCUUCUCUCCUGUCGGAGAGAAGUUUCGCAACCGUUCCUUGAAGUUUCCGGGCUUGAUAUCAGGCUGCACCAUGGACUGGUUCACCCGCUGGCCCAAGGACGCCCUGGUGGCCGUGUCCAACCACUUCCUGUCCAAGUUUGAGAUUAUAUGUCCCCCCGAGACCAAGCAACAGCUUGUGCACACCAUGGGAGAGUUCCACGAUGGAGUGGCCGAAACUUGCACCGACUAUUUCCAGAGGUACCGCCGUCAAACCCAUGUGACCCCCAAGUCCUAUCUGUCCUUCAUCGACGGCUACAAGACCAUCUACCAGGAGAAGUAUGACCUGAUCUCGGAGCUGGCACGCCGGAUGAACACCGGCCUGGACAAGCUGAUUGAGGCCAGCGAGUCAGUUUCCCAGCUGUCCAAAGACCUAGUGGUCAAGGAGAAGGACCUGGCUGUGGCCUCUGUCAAGGCUGACAAGGUGUUGGCCGAGGUGACGGUGUCCGCCCAGGCCGCCGAGAAGGUCAAGAGCAGCGUGCAGAAGGUCAAGGACAAAGCCCAGCACAUCGUGGACGAGAUCGAAGCUGACAAGGCUGUGGCCGAGACCAAGCUGGCUGCGGCCAAGCCAGCCCUGGAGGAGGCGGAGGCCGCCCUCAACACCAUCAAGCCGGCCCACAUCUCCACCGUCCGCAAGCUGGCCAAGCCCCCGCACCUCAUCAUGCGCAUCAUGGACUGCGUGCUGCUGCUCUUCCAGAAGCGGCUGGAUGGCCUGACCUUGGAUCCGGAGAGGCCGUCGCCCAAACCGUCCUGGGGCGAGUCCCUCAAGGUGAUGAGCGGAGGUGGGUUUCUGACCUACCUCCAGACUUUCCCCAAGGACACCAUCACUGAGGAGACAGUGGAGCUGCUGGCCCCUUACCUGGAGAUGGAGGACUACACCCUAGCCUCGGCCAAGAAGGUCUGCGGUGACGUGGCUGGUCUUCUGUCCUGGACCGUGGCCAUGGCAGUCUUCUACAGCAUCAACAAGGAAGUGUUGCCGCUCAAGGCCAAUUUGGCCGUGCAAGAAGCCCGUCUGAAUGUGGCCAAUAGCGAGCUGGCCAAGGCCCAGGCCGUGCUGGACGAGAAGCAACGAGAGCUUGACGAGGUGCAGGCCAAGUUUGAUGCCGCCAUGAAAGAAAAACAGGACCUGCUGGAUGAUGCUGAGAGUUGCAAGAAGAAGAUGCUGGCAGCGUCUGCCUUGAUCAACGGACUGGGAGGAGAGAAGGUCCGAUGGACCGAGCAGAGCAAAGAAUUCAAAGCUCAGAUCAACAGGCUCGUCGGUGAUGUUCUGCUGGCCACGGGCUUCCUGUCCUACUCCGGUCCCUUCAACCAGGUCUUCCGCCUCAACAUGAACGAGGACUGGAUGAACCAGCUGACCUCCAGAAAGAUCCCCUUCACCCAGAACCUCAACAUCACCAGCAUGCUGGUGGACAACGCCACAAUAGGAGAGUGGAAUCUACAGGGUCUGCCUAAUGACGACCUGUCGGUGCAGAACGGCAUCAUCGUGACCAAAGCCACACGCUACCCGCUGCUGAUUGACCCGCAGGGACAAGGCAAGGCCUGGAUUAAGAAUAGAGAGAAGGAGAACGGAUUACAGGUGACCUCACUCAACCACAAGUACUUCCGGACUCAUCUUGAAGACGGUCUGUCCCUGGGUCGGCCGCUGCUCCUGGAGGACAUCGGCGAGGAGCUAGACCCGGCCUUGGACAAUGUGCUGGAGAAGAACUUCAUCAAAUCGGGUUCCACCUACAAGGUGAAAGUAGGAGACAAGGAAGUAGAUGUAAUGAAGGGAUUCACUCUCUACAUGACCACCAAGCUAGCCAACCCAACGUACACACCAGAGGUGUCCGCCCGCACCUCCAUCAUCGAUUUCACCGUCACCUUGAAAGGACUUGAAGACCAGCUCCUGGGCCGUGUCAUUCUGACAGAGAAACAGGAGUUGGAAGCAGAGCGGACUAAGCUGAUGGAGGACGUGACGGCCAACAAACGGAAGAUGAAGGAACUGGAGGAUAACUUGCUCUUCAGACUGACCAGUACGCAGGGUUCUCUGGUGGAAGACGAAUCUCUGAUCUCUGUCUUAGCCACCACCAAGGAGACCUCGGAGGAAGUGACCGACAAGCUGCUGGUAGCCGCCGACACUGAGAUUAAGAUCAACGAAGCUCGGGAGGAGUUUAGACCAGUCGCCUCAAGAGGCAGCAUCCUUUACUUCUUGAUCACCGAGAUGAGCAUGGUGAACAUCAUGUACCAGACCUCCCUCAAGCAAUUCUUGGGCGUCUUUGAUCUGUCCAUGGCAAGAUCCGAGAAGUCGCCCAUACCGGCCAAGCGCAUCUCCAACAUCAUUGAAUACCUGACCUACGAGAUCUUCAAGUAUUCCUGCCGCGGGUUGUACGAGAACCACAAGUUCCUCUUCACCUUGCUGCUGGCCCUCAAGAUUGACCAGCAGCUGGGCAUCGUCAGCCACAGUGAGUUCCAGACGCUCAUCAAAGGUGGAGCCGCAUUGGACCUUAAGGCUGUGCAGCCCAAGCCAUUCAAAUGGAUCACGGACAUGACCUGGUUGAAUCUGGUCCAACUCAGCAAACUCCAACAGUUUCAGGAAGUUCUCAACCAGAUUCAGCGUAAUGAGAAGGCAUGGAAGGCCUGGUUUGACAAGGAUGCCCCUGAGGAAGAGGUGAUCCCCGAUGGCUACAACACACUGGAAACAUUCAAGAAAUUACUUCUCGUCAGGAGUUGGUGUACAGACCGUGUCAUCCCUCAGGCCCGCAAAUACAUCGCGCACUCCAUGGGCGCCCGCUACGCCGACCCCGUCAUCCUGGACCUAGAGAAGACCUGGGAGGAAGGCGAUGUGAGGACGCCCCUCAUCUGCUUCCUGUCCAUGGGCAGCGACCCCACCAACCAGAUAGAGGGACUGGCCAAGAAACUCAAAGUCGAAUGCAGGGCUAUCUCGAUGGGUCAGGGGCAGGAGGUUCAUGCUAGGAGACUAGUGGCACAGUCCAUGGCUGGGGGAGGUUGGGUGCUACUGCAGAACUGCCAUCUGGGCUUAGACUUCAUGGAUGAGCUUCUAGAGACAGUGACCACCCAUGAGCCGGUGCACGAGACUUUCCGAGUGUGGAUCACCACAGAGGAACACCCCCGGUUCCCCAUCAGCCUCCUGCAGUCCUCCAUCAAGUUCACCAAUGAGCCCCCUCAGGGCGUCAAGGCGGGACUGAUGCGCACCUUUGCCGCCAUCACCCAGGACCAGCUAGACAUCACCAAUCAGCCACAGUGGAAGCCCAUGCUGUAUGCCGUGGCUUUCCUCCACACCACCGUGCAGGAGCGUCGUAAGUUUGGUCCUCUGGGCUGGAACAUUCCUUAUGAGUUCAACUCAGCUGAUCAAACAGCCAGUGUGCAGUUCAUCCAGAACCAUCUAGAUGACAUGGAUCCAAAGAAGGGAGUCUCAUGGAACACAGUCCGCUACAUGCUUGGGGAGGUGCAGUACGGAGGAAGGGUCACUGAUGACUACGACAAACGUCUUCUCAAUACAUUUGCUAAGGUGUGGUUUGGAGAGCACAUGUUUGCCGACACCUUUAAGUUCUACACCGGCUACACCAUCCCCAAGUGUAAGACGGUGCAGGAGUACCACGAGUUCAUUGACAAGCUGCCACUGACUGACACGCCGGAGGUCUUUGGACUGCACCCCAAUGCAGACAUCACGUAUCAGAGCAACACUGGCAUCGAGGUGCUCAACACCAUCCUGAACAUCCAGCCCAAGGACGUCGGGGGAGGCGGGGGUGAGACCAGAGAGGCCACCGUCUUCAGGAUGGCCGAAGAUAUGCUGAGUAAAUUGCCCCCGGACUACGUGCCGCAUGAGGUGCGAGCGCGUCUGGUCAAGAUGGGCGCCCUGUCCUCCAUGAACAUCUUCCUGCGUCAGGAGAUUGACCGUAUGCAGCGCAUCAUCAGCCUGGUCCGCUCCACACUGACCGAUCUCAAGCUGGCCAUCGAGGGAACCAUCAUCAUGAGUGAGGUGGGUGUGUCGGUGUGAGGCACUAUGCUCUGAUCAAUUGAGCCUCCCCCAUGGCAUUCCAACCAAUCGCAGCUGUGAUUAAAGUUUAGGGCCUCAAUGGAAAAAGUUUUGUAACGUUUUUUUGCAUUAUCCCUGCUUUUCCCAGUGACUGGUUUUUCUCUUUCUCUCAACAGUCUAGCCGUCUGUGUUCCACCGCUGUCUGUAUCUGCGUCUGUUUGUAUUGUGAAAAAGAGAGUAAAUCAAAUCAAAAUCCAAUAUGCGUGCACAGAGGUCCUAAAGAUUCAGGGUGUCCUACAUUUUACCACUUUUGUGGUAAAUCAAAUCUGCCAGAAUUAACAUAGUCAUACCGUUGGGGAGAGAAAUCGAUGAUGCCUUGUUGAAAGCCCGGCCAUUAAAUGCCCAGCAUUUUAUUGGUGUCAUCAUUGCUACCCCUCUGGCAUGUCUGGAUGUUUUGUAAAUUUCUCCCAGGGCUGGGUUAAUGUUGUGUAGGCCCCUAGCCACCAGUGUUCUGCAGGCUCUCUACAACUAUAGGCAUAUAAUUACAAGCAUCAACUUUAUGGUGCUGGCAUAAGGUACUGAUGAAGCUUCGCAUUCCGUGUUGAUGCCAAGCUGGAGUAAGCCAUAAACUAUCUAAAUUCUAUUCCUGUCAUUCCUGUGGUAAUUUGUGUGGUAACAAGCAGGCCUUUAACCACUUCCUGCUGGGGCAGUUAUCAAAGAUGAUGAUGCUGGGCCGGGAUGUU